CGCAAGCCAGGGCUGGGGACAGAGUUUGUUGGCGCUGCUCUCGUCCCAUGAGCGCUCGCCCAAGGGCAAAUUCCUCUUCUCCCCGACGGAGCGCGCUGCAAGCACCGCCUCCUCCGGAGCUCCAGUUUAGCCCCCGUAGCUCAGCCCAGUCAUUGUCUCUCGGGGCCCGUCGGGGGGAGCUGCGGGAGCAACGAUGCCCUUCGUGGAGUUGCAGACUAACCUGCCGGCCUCUAGGCUGCCCAGCGACCUGCUAACCAAACUGUGCUCGGAGGUCGCCUCUAUCCUGGCCAAGCCCGUGGAGAGGGUGAACAUUACAGUAAAGAGCGACCUGCCCAUGAUGAUCAGUGGUUCCCAGGAGCCUUGUGCUAUGCUGGUUGUGUCUUCCUUGGAAGUGGUGGGAUCUGCGGAGCAGAACAAGGAGCACAGUGCAAAGUUCUUUGCGUUUCUCACCAAGGAACUGAGGCUUGGUACUGACAGGAUCAUCAUUCAGUUUCAUCCACUGGAACGCUGGCAGAUUGGCAAGAAUGGGACUGUCAUGACUUUCCUGUGAAGUGUCCAGAAGUCCACCAAAUGAUCUCUUGGCCAAGGCCAUAAGCUACACUUUGUAGUGUUCUGCAGGAUCCUCUGGGGGUUAUACCUUUUCUUUUCUCGGAAAUAAACCCAGUUUCCAGUUUACCUGGCAAGACUAGAAGUAACCCCUGAAGAUCUGCAUAUGUGUGCUCACCUGUCAGACCAAGCCUUGUAUUACCUUCCAUUGCGUAGGUUUUGUGUGAGGUGCCUUUAUUUUGUAGGGACAACAUUUGUCAGCUACAGCCUGCUGAUAUGCUGUUUGCUUGGGGACCAGUAAAGGCAAAUUACAUUCUGUUAACAAUAAACUUGCCAAUUAAAU